AUGAAGCCCCUCUUCCCCAAGAAGAACUACGAGUGCUUGACCAGCUGCGGCUUCCUCAAGUACAUCCUGGCGGUGAAGCAGGGAGACUGCCCGGCCCCCGAGAAGGCCAGCGGGUUCGCGGCGGCCUGCGUGGAGAGCUGCGAGGCGGACGGGGAGUGCGCCGGCGUGAAGAAGUGCUGCCCCAACGGCUGCGGGCACACCUGCCAGGUGCCUAGGACCCUGUACAAAGGUGUCCCCCUGAAGCCCAGGAAGGAGUUGCGGUUCACAGAGCUGCCGUCCGGGCAGCUGGAGGUGAGGUGGUCCUCGAAAUUCAACAUCUCCAUUGAUCCUGUGAUCCACGUGGUGCAGAGGCGGUGGAACUAUGGCAUCCACCCGAGUGAGGACGAGGCCACGCAGUGGGAGACGGUGGCUCAGGUCAGUGCUGCAGGCCCCACUGCACCACCCACGCCAGCGAAUCUCCGGCUGGCCAACUGCACGGUCAACGGCGACGGCAGCGUGAACGUGGCCGUUGAGUGGGACCUGCCCGAGGACGCGGACAUCCCUGUGCAUCACUACAAAGUCUUCUGGAGCUGGGCUGUGAGCGGCAGGGCCCUCGGCCCCACCAAAAAGAAGCGGAGGAAGACGGCGGAGGGGCCCCGGCGAUCGCUGAGCCUGGAGCAGCUGCAGCCAGGCUGCAGCUACACGGUGGAGCUGCAGGCCAUCUCCUACUGGGGGCAGACCCGCCUCAAGAGCGCCAAGGCCACGCUUCAGUUCACGUCCCCACGAACCCCCGCUGCCGCCGCCGCCCACAGCAAAGAACCCCACGGCAAAGCCAGCAAGGGGGCCACUCCGCUCCAGCCCCCACUCCCCGGAAGACGGCCGGCGCGGCUUCUGGAGAUUGGAUCUCCCUUCUGCCAGGACAGCCAGCUGCAGGUCAAGGUGUACUGGAAGAAGCCCGAAGAUCCCAGCGUCACCCGUCACCAUGUGCGGUGGUUCCCGGAAUCCUGUUUCCACAAUGGCACGGGACGCUCAGAGAAGUCCACUUUUGCCGCAACACAUGUAAGUACGAGGUUGUGGUGCGUGACCCCGCAUGGUUCCCAGAAUCCUGUUCCCACCACAGGACGAGAUGCUCAGAGAAGUCAGCGUGUGCCAUGA